UUUUCAGAAAACGGUAAAUAAUCUGACCCAUUCGGACGAACAGAAAAGUCAGAUAAAAUGAAUUUUUCGGAGGCAGGUUGGUCGGAGGCAGGUUGGUCGAAGGCUGGUUGGUCGGACGGAGAUUGGGAGUCUAACAAUAGCUCCUACUUUCUCGAUGAAGGAAUAAACAUUACCUCCUCCAUUAACUUACCAGGACUCAACUUGUCAGCUAAUUCAACUAAAAGGGGUGGGAGUAUGACUGAUACAAUGGCUCAUCUCUGGACCCUGGCAUUCUCCCUCAUCAUGAUAAUCAGUAUCUUCGGCAACACGAUCGUUCUGUGGAUUGUUCUAGCUCACCGACGAAUGUGGAGUGUAACAAACUAUUUCCUUGUUAACCUGGCGAUAGCUGAUCUCUGUAUGUCAAUCCUCAACUGUAUACCUUCCUUCAUCUUCAUGAGAGACGGGGUUUGGAAGUUUGGAAGUAUGUAUUGUAAAGUGAAUCACUUCACUUCCUACUUGACGGUUACAACUAGUGUUCUAACACUCCUGGCUCUCACCUUCGACCGACACAAGGCAAUCAUGACACCACUGGCACCAAAGAAAUCCCACACAAGCCUGAUCUUGUGCAUCUUACUGAUCUGGGUUCUUGGCGUCGUUAUAGCCUCGCCAGCGGGUAUCUACGCAGAGUUAGUUUCAGUUGGGCCAGCUGAGCAGAACCGACAUCUUUGCCUGAUAAUAUUCCCUGAUGGUGUUCAAGGAGAAUCAUUGUUUGACUACGUGUACAAUAUUGCUUUCUUUGUUGGAACCUACAUCAUACCACUUACCUGUAUGGGUGUCUGCUACACAAGAAUGGGGAAGAAUCUGUGGGGAGGAACAAUGAUAGGUGAGGAGACUCCUUCACUCAGAAAAUCAAGGAAAAGUAAACAAAAGGUGGUUAAGAUGUUCGUAGCGGUGAUCGUAAUCUUCGGAAUCUGUUGGUUACCCUACCAUGUUUACUUUAUAUACUCCUACCACGACCCUACUAUUACAAGGAAACCGUAUAUCAGGAACGUGUUCUUGUUCUUCUACUGGCUGGCUAUGGCGAACUCCUGUGUAAACCCUCUCAUCUACUACUGGAUGAAUGUCAGGUUUCGUGAGUAUUUCAAUCUAGUUCUCUGCUGUAUACCUAGACUCACCAGACAUCUCAUUCCAGCCCAGGAAAUAGAGCUGGUUGAACCAGGAAUGAAUCUGAGUCCGUCUCCCAACAUGUCGCUUCAAAGUCAAAGAUCUCAGCAUAUCUAUAUCAACAAGUUUGGACCCGUACAUAAUGGACAUAAAGGACAUAAUGGACAUAAAGGACAUAAUGGACAUAAAGGACAUAAUGGACAUAAAGGACAUAAUGGACAUAAAGGACAUAAAGCACGUAAAGGCCUUAUGGAAUUUUUCCAGAAGCUAUUCAACGUAACAAAUGACGCAGUAAAUGUGGCAUUUAAAAGUGGAAUGUAA